CCAGUUCAACAAGAGAGCCCUAGACUUGUAAACUAGACUUGUAGAUAGGACUGUCUGCCUAAAGCGAUACAUCCCUCCUAGAUUCCCUAAAGACCUACCUUUGCACAUUAGCCAAAGCUUCAAAAUCAUUGAGCAUAAGGGCCAACGAGUGCAUGGCUCCACUCCUGACUCAGAAACGUAAGAGGAUGGUUACCAAAGAUGGCCACAGCACCAUGAAGAUAAGCAGGUCCUCGAGAAUUUGUCACACCCGUCUAGCCAAUCUGUGGGGAAUCCUAAUAGACCUAAAAUGGCGGUGGAUGUUGGUGGUCUAUCCCGCAUCUUUUGUGAUUCAAUGGCUCGUCUUCGCGGUCUUCUGGUACAUUUUAGCUGAAGUGAAUGGCGAUCUUUGGAUAGACCAUGACAACCCUCCCCAAAACCAUACUGUCUGUGUAAGAUAUGUCACCAGCUUCAAAACUGCAUUCUCUUUCUCACUGGAGACACAGCUCACGAUUGGCUAUGGUACCAUGUACCCCAGUGGCGAGUGUCUAGCUUCCAUUACCUUACUAGCUGCCCAAAUGCUCUCGGGACUCAUGCUGGAGUCCUUUAUCACAGGUGCCUUUGUGGCAAAGAUCGCCCGCCCAAAGAAUGGAAUUUACUCCAUCCGAUUUACUGACUUGGCAGUAGUAGCCCACAUAGGUGGUAUACCAAAUCUGAUCUUCCAAGUGGCCAACGUUCAACCUAGACCACUCACCAACGUCCAUGUCUCUGCCAUUCUCUACGAGGAACGAGAAAAUGAUCAACUCUACCAGACCAGUGUGGACUUCCACCUUGACAGUAUCAAUUCCACAGAAUGCCCAUUGUUUAUCUUUCCACUGACCUACUAUCACUCCAUUACACCGUCGAGUCCUCUAGCUGCUUUCCUUCAGCAUGAAGAUCCUGGCCAUUUUGAAUUAGUUGUUUUCAUCUCAGCUAUUCAAGAGGUCACAGGAGAACCAUACCAUAGGAGGACAUCCUACCUACCAUCAGAGAUUAUGCUGAAUCAUUAUUUUGCCUCUAUAAUUACUCGAGAUUCUAAUGGUGAAUAUAUUAUCAAAAUGGAGAAUUUUGACAAAACUAUCCCUGAAUUUCCAACAGCUGCAGAUCCUAAGAGCCCCAAAAGGACUGACAUAGGAAUCCAUAUUAAUGGACAACACAUUGAUAAUUUUCAGAUCUCUGAGACUGGGGUAGCUGAAUAGAUUCAGAACGUGAAUACAUUUUAAAAAUAUAUUAAACUGCUUAACUAGUUGCUUUUCCCCUCAUCAUCACUAUUCCACUAUCUUUUUCUUCAUUUACAUCAUGGCAUGCAAAAGAUGAUAUAUGAUCACACGUGAGACUAGUGGAUGAAUGAACUGCAGACAUUCUGAAAAUAUAGCACCUUGCAAAGUUUUCUACCAGAUGAUUUCACUAAUGUGAUCAAAGUUACAGUGACUGAAAGAAAAAUUAUACAGACUUCAUUACUGAUGACAUUUAAAUAUGAUUUGAUAUUGUUUGUAAAAGGCAAUGAAUUAAAAAAUGUGAUCUCAAAACAAAAACUCACUCAAAGCAAUCCAAUUUAAAUCUGUGAAUUAAUUUAAUACAUAAAAUUCAAUUUGAAGUAAUUCCAUGCAAUGUAAAUUCUCCUUGGAUACAAUUAAGUAUUUUAUACAAAUUAUCACACUUUUCAGAAGCAAUGAAGUAUUAAGUAUUGGCCUUAAUUUUUAAGAGCUAAUAAUGAAAUUCACAAAGACAUGCAAUUUUAAGUGUUUAAAAAAUUCUUAUGAAAGCAAAUCUGACCUAACUCAAAAAACUUUAGUAAAAGGAAAAAAAAAGACUCUGUGGGGACUGUUUUUUAAGUUAGUAGCAAAUGAUUUAUUUUGGAUGUAAGAAAUAAUGAUAUAUGUGCUUUGUAUCUUUUCAUAGAAUAAUAUUUCUCUGACCAUGCUAUGUAAAAAUGAACCAGUUUUAGGGCCAAAAAAAAAAAAAAAAAAAGAAAAAAAAAAAAGAAACAGUGAUACUUUUGAUUUUUAAGGAUCAUAAAAAACAAAGAAUAUAAGGUAAUACUUUUGAUUUUCUAAAAAUAUAUAACCCACAUUACAUUUAUGUAUAGUAUUUAAAAUAGCUAACUACAGUCUAUAUUUUAACACUGAAUUUUUUUUAAUAGAAGAAUUACUAUAUACAUUUUUUCCUAUAGAGAUUAAAAAACAUAGAAGGCAAGUCAAUGUAACUUAAGAAACUUAAAAAAAACCAAAACAUAUAAAAAACAGAAUUUUUUUUUAGGAGUAAGAUUUCACUGACUUUGCUGGUAAGAACUGUAGAGACUAUGUCUAUCUAGUCCAACCACUUCCUUUGGCAGAUGAACAAACAAAGGCAGAGAAAAGUUAACCAAUAUACUCUAAGCCACAAAGUAGUAAAGAUUCAAACACAGAUCCUCUAGUUCCAAAACUUCGCUCCUUUGACGACCUUACGAGCACUGUCUUGAAAAAGUCAGAUUCAAUUUGUCAAACUUAAAAUGACAUCAUUUUUACUUUAAGGAAAACAUACAAAUGACUCCAUACUGUAACUUAAUAGGAAACAUAACCAUGAAGACUCUUUAAGAAUUUAAGGAUUCAAACACACAAACAACAAUUAAACAUUAAACAGAGACUGGUAAGGAAGUAAUAUUAUCUAACUUGAAGAUUUCUAUAUCAAAGAAUUAAGAACAAAAUUUCCUCUUCUAAAUUCAAAGCACAUAGAUUCUACUGAAAACACAAAAGAGUAGUAGCAGGUUGGACCAGAUGACAUUCGAGAUUCUUUCUAACUCUAUUAUUCUAUGAUAACUAUAUUUUAAUCAUCUUUGUGAAUGGAUUCCUUACUCUUAAGUAUGUCUAAAGUAUAUCUAUGUCAGUUCUUUCCAAUGAUGUAUUAACUUGGUCAUUAGACAAGAAUAUCACAAUCUUACAAACUAUAUUAAUGUAGAAAGGAAUAAACUAAUUAGAGGUACAAUGGAGACCCAUGAAAACAAUCAGAAAAAAACACAAAAUUGGCGACCCAGUCCAAAUUAUCUGAAAAAGAAUUGUCUCUAAAACCUGACUGCCAAGUGUCCUUUCAUGACUGUUUGAAGACAAACUUUGAAGGAGCUCACCAAGUUUGGAAUCUGUUUUCAAUUAUUGGACAGUGUUAGAAAAGCUAUUAACUAUAUAGUACUAAACUCUCACUUGGUCAUAGUUGUUUCUAUCUAGUUAAGUUGUUAGCAUACAUGAAGAGUUGGAUUGGACAGAUCUCAGGAGCUCCUCCAAUCCAACCUCCUUUAUUCUACAAAUGAGAAAACUGCAGGAUAUAAAUCCAAGUCCUGUGACUCCAAAUUCAGCCUCUAUAACACACUGCUGCCUUAAGACAGAUUACUGCUUUUAAAAGGCAGUGAUGGGGCAGCUAGGUGGUGCAGUGAAUAGAGCCACCAGCACUAAAGUCAGGAGGACCUGAGUUCAAAUCUGGCCUUGGACACGCAAUACUUCUAGCUGUAUGUGACCCUGGGCAAGUCACUUAACCUCAAAUGCCUCAGCAAAAAAUUAAAUAAAUAAAAGGCAGUGGUGUUUUUUUCAUGACUCAGAUUAUAAAAGGUAUUAGAGAAGAAAUUAAGAGACCUGUGUUCCAGUUCCAGCUCUGCCAUAUGACUAUGAGUCUAUUUUUCUCAUCCAUAAAAAAGAUAGAGUACAAGAUGAUUUCUAGUUUCUUCUAUCAUUCUAUGAUUCUGUGAUGUGCCAACUCAAUUUUCAUAGUUUCUGAUAAAAGACAGACAGAGCGCACAACCUGUACUCUGUGAGCAUUAUAUGUUAUACUGUCAUAUUACAGCCUUCCCUUUGAGAUAAUUUUGGCAAUCAGGAGAAUCCAUUUGUAAACCUCACUUGGAUCUAAUGGACAGAUCUUGAUUCACAGUAAAUACUUUCAGAGAUAGAAUAGGAAAGUCAUUCUUUUUCUCAAGAUACUAACCUUACUUUCACCAAAGUCUGGAGCAGUUUGCUGAGGGACCCCAACCUAUGGUGUUUGCAUAUUUGCAGUGAAGGAACAGGGAAGAAGAUAUGAAAAACUAGUAAGCCUACAACACUGAGUACCUUUGAAAUGGUGAAGAAAAGCUCACGAAGGAGCUAUCCCACAAUAUGUCCCUGGAUUCUCAGUGCCUGCAAUUCUAAAGAUUGCCAAGGAUAUACUUCCCUGGUGAGAUCAUUCUAUCCCUAAUUGAGCCAGAAUUUGUAUCUAGUGAAGAGUCAUUCACUCAAAUAUCCUCUCACCUAUUCUAAUCCAUAUAACUUUCCUGGUUUUCCAUUUACUGCUUACUAUGAUAAAGAAGCUUACUAAUCAUUUAUGAUUAUCUUUUGCAUAGCAAGUUGUUUAUUAGAACCAGCCAAACUAGAGAGUAUGAGUAUAAGCUGACUGUUAGCCUCUCUUGGAGAGUGAUAAAAGAGCUUUUACCAUGGACUCUAAAAGUUUCAUACUUUUGUUCAUACAUUCAUACAUAUGUUAGGAUUCUUACAAGGUACUAAAUCAGUGGAAUUGAUAGAAAUUAUAAUUAUGUACCUAAUUAAUACUUACUAGAGUUCUACAAGAUUCACACCUUUAAGAGAGCAUAUAUAAGCUAGGAGCCUCAACCAGGAUUCAUUCUGGGACACACAGAAGCCAGGAUUCAGUCGAGGAGUUUCGCAAGUUGGAGAAGGCAGCUUAAGCUCUCAGAACCAAGACUACAGAAGACCUCUAAGAAAAACUAGCCGAGCCUCAAAUGGAAGGAGACAACAAAGGAUUUGGACUUUUCAUAUCUGGACUGCAUUUGGGGAGAUUACACUGAAUUGAAAUGAAGACUGCCUCCAGAAGCCCCCCCAAGAAAGCUGCUCUCAGAACAUUACACUUUUAGAUUACCAAUAUUCAAGGGGUGGUAAAUAGACUAUCCUUCAUGGGGAUUGUCCACAAAGGACUAUCAGAGCCUUAGAGAAAUAAUGGGACAAGGCAAGAUUAGCUAGCUGUUCAUGCCACACGUAGGUCAGCUGUUCUAUGCUAAAAGCAUCAACAUCUAUAAUAUAUAUGAGUCAGGGAAGUUAAGUCAAAGCUAAUACACUUUAAUUGAUAAUCCAUUUAGCAUUCCUAAAUGCUGAGAAUUAUAGUUAAUCUCAUAACUAUUUUUCAAGACUGAAACUUUCAGAAUAGAGCAUAAGCUAAUACAAUAACCACUCUAUUUGAAACAAGCACUUGAACCUUUACAAGAGAGCAGCUGGAUGGCAGGGGAACAGCUUGUGACAGCUAGACAUAAUGGGAUCCCAUUUCAGUCUUACAGUAGUGUUCAAAUUUAAGUGAACCAAAAUAAAAUAAUUUAUUGAUUUAUACAAUAA